AUGAAAGUCGGUAAAAGACGCCAGUUAUACGGGGCUGCGGCUAUCGCAGUCGAGAAGAAAACGACGUCGUCUCCUCGCCGAAGCCGAGAAGCCGCAGCAAAUCCAAGAAAAUCUCCCGAACGGAGUCAUCAAGCGUGCAAUCAGACGUCACGCUCCCCCCCCCAAGACCUCCUCCGCGAAAUCGCCGUGGCAAUGAACCGAUCGCGCCUUAACAUCCAAACAACUAUCCCGUUCCGAACAACUUGGCGAGAGGCCAUCAAGGCCGUCGAAGCGUCACUGGGGAACCUCGAUGAAGAGUUCCUCGUAUUUCCCCCGGGACCCGGAAGUCAACGACGACAACUCCGGCAAGAAGCUCAAAAAUCCCCGCCGUCUGACUCGCCACUAGAACGGGGUGUCGGCCUCCCUAUCAAGUCGAGCAUCGACCUUCAGUCUUUACCGCGCCAACGGCCUCCGACGGAAGAGACUCGUCAGCUCCUCCGCAACAUGGCCCGCCAAAUCGCACGGGAAGACUUUCGCGAGCCCUUCUUACGACUGCAAGCCAACUUAACAGACAGCCACAUUCCUACCGUGCGUGGCGCCUUUUCUCUACAGGCACUAGAUGGAGACAUUGGUGAUGCUACGUGCGAGGUCGAGGCACAAAUGAUUUUCGAUACGGGGGCGAGCUACACCACGGUAGCAGAGGAACUGUUACCAGACAAUUUCCGGCAGUAUCUGCGGGACCCGAUCCAUGAUCCGUAUCGGUCAAGCAAUGGCGUGCUGACACCUAGGAGUGUCAUUAUUGCAAAGGGCCAAGAGAUUCCAGAACAAUUCUGGGGCGAGAUAACUGCGAGUGAGUUAAAGCGCCCAGGGCCUAUACAUUCCCCCGCCCCCCCAAUCUUCCUAAGCCGAGUGCUUACGCCAGCGGAGAAGAACUAUUACAGCACAGAGCUUGAGUUCUCUUGUAUGGUGUGGACGGUGCGUAAAUUACGAGCGUGGAUCGAAGCUGCUGAAGCACCUCCCAUCUUCUAUACUGACCACAUCGCGUUAAUCUACCUCGCAACAUCACUAUCGACAGCAUCACCGGACAGGCUUAAUCUGCGUCUGGUCCGAGGAUCACAAUACUUACAGCAAUUCCAUAUCCGUGUGUACCAUCGCGCAGGAUUGACAAACAAGAUUGCAGACGGUCUGUUACGCCUGCCGGCCACUGACCCAACUACGGAUGAUAAUGACUUAGAUGCGUUGCAUACCUAUUUCGCUGACAUUGAUGCAGAUACAAUGGUGUUCGUUACAUCUACUGUUGAGAUAAGCGACGACUUUCAAACCCGUCUGAAAGCAGCGUACCCGGAUGACCCAAGAUGGUCAAUGGUUAUCGCUGAGAUACAACGCAUCGAGGAGACCCCGGCCGAUGGUACGAAGCUCCCCUACGUUAUACGAGAUAGCCUCUUGUACUCAGUACAACAGGAAGAUAAUGAUCAGUGGCUAUACAUACCUGAUGUCGUGGCAACUAAGGUUUUCGAGAUGGUCCAUGACGAACAGGGACACCAGGGGCUGGACAGAUGCUGGACAAGGAUACACGGACUGGUCGUAUACAAGGGACACAGCAAGCUCAAGCGGCACAUAGCAACUUGCGGCCAAUGUCGUAAGAAUAAUAUCCAACGCCACCUACCUUACGGAACGCUCAACCCUAUUCUCUCGCCACCAAUCCCCUUCCACACAGUGACAAUCGACUUUGUAGUCGGACUUCCACUGACAACGACCGGAUUUGACGCAAUGACAACUAUUACCUACAAAUUCACCAAGAGGGUCACAGCAGAACCCGGCAAGUCGACGUAG